AGUAUCAUACAAAGGAUGGAGUCACAACUCAAGGUUUUGAUGUUCGUGCAUGGUGCAUGUACAUCAGUAAUUAUUAUUGUAACAGUAUUUUCUCCAGCGAACACAGCCAACAUCUUAGCUGUGUUUCCUCAUCAAGGCUUUAGUCACAAUGUUGUUUACCAGCCAUACAUCCUAGAACUUGCCAACCGAGGACACAACAUCACUAUUAUUACUAACUAUCCGCUAGAACAUCCAAACAUAAAUAAUAUAUCAAUUAGAGGAUCAAUGCCUAUUUCCAAUAACAAAAAAAAUAUCAGCCAUAUAGAAGGCAAAUUUAUGAAUGAAAUACAAAGUUCAAUAAGUACAAUUUGGAAUUUUCAUUAUCGUGGAAAAAUAUAUGAAGCUAUGUUUACGGUAGAUGGUGUGAAGAAAUUAUUAAACAGUCCUUCUAAAUUUGAUUUACUCAUUACAGAACAUUUCAAUAAUGAAUUGUUUUUGGGUUUUGCAUUUAAGUUCAACUUACCUUUUAUACUACUGAGUUCUUGCAACAUGUUACCCUGGAAUCAGCAUGCGAUUGGACAGCCAUAUUCGUUAGCCAAUAUACCUUCAACAUUAACUGGCCUAGGCACAAAAAUGAACUUUUAUAACAGAGCUAUGAAUACAAUUUCUCAUAUAGUACAACUACUUGGUUAUAAACUGUUUCGUCGGACAAGAGACGAAGCAAUCAUCAAACAAAAACUUGACAUUGAAGUUUCAUUGGACCAAUUAAUUUUGAAUGCUAGUUUGAUUAUGGUUAACACUCAUUUCACAAUGUUGGAAUCUAAACCGCUAGUACCAGCUGCUGUGGAAGUCGGUGGGAUACACAUAACGCCAAUCAAACCUUUGCCUGUAGACAUCCAGAAAUAUAUUGACGAAGCUGAGAAUGGAGUCAUCUAUUUCUGCAUGGGCAGUUUAUUGCUGGGCGAAUCUUUUUCGGCCGAAAAAAGACAAAUGUUCUUGAAUGUAUUCGAUAAAAUUCCACAACGAAUUCUGUGGAAAUGGGAAGGAGAACUCCCCGGAAAACCCUCCAAUGUAAUGAUUCAAAAAUGGAUGCCACAACGAGAUAUUUUAGCGCAUCCUAAUGUCAAACUAUUUAUAUCUCAUGGUGGCUUAUUAGGAACUACCGAAGCCGUGCAUGAAGGUGUUCCAAUUUUAUCAAUGCCAAUGUUCGGUGAUCAAGUAACAAACAUCAAAGCUAUUGUAAGAAGAGGAGCUGCAGAGAUGAUGAAUUACGGAGAUUUGAACGAAGAUGAAAUUUUUGUAAAAAUAACAUCGAUGCUCACAAAUCCUAUAUACAAACAAAAGGCUAAAGAGUUAUCAGAAGCUUUUCGUGAUCGACCUAUGCCUGCUUUGGAAACUGCAGUGUAUUGGACAGAAUAUGUCAUCCGAUACAAAGGGGCGCCGCUGCUUCGGUCUGCCACCGUCGGUACGCCAUGGUAUCAAUACUAUUUAAUCGAUGUACUGUUUGUAAUUUUCUUAUUUGUAACAACAAUUGUUGUAUUACUCUACUGUUUAAUUUUCAAAGUUCUUUUAAGAUUGUUGAAUAGAAAAUCUAAAGAGAAACAAUCUUAGUAAUAAUACUUAUGUUUAAUAAAAAUACUAUAAUACUAAAUAGUGAUUACCUUAUUAUAAGUGUGAGGUACAUAAUAUAUUAAUAUGGUACUGCGUAUAGCCACGGUAUUUUGGAUAUCGUGGAUAGAAUGACGUAUAAAACUAAUAAGGUAUAUGAAGUAUACAUUUAAUCAAUACUGAUACCUAUACAUUUAUUUAAAUGUUUACAUCUCGUUUAAAUACAAAUAAAAAAAAUAAAUACAAUUUUUACAUAUUGA